UUAAAGUUCACGGUAUAUACAUUUUACGGGUGAUUGAUUUUUCAGCAAAUACUGUGACAUUUUUUGUUUAUUGAAACACGAAAAACGUGGAUUAACUAAAACUAAAAAGAUAUGGCAAGACGACCAUGCCUUUCCUUAUUCACACUUGUUUGCGUUAUAUCCGCUGCACUUCUAGCUGCCAUAUAUUUCCCAAUCGGAUUUGACAACAAAAAAGAUGAAACAGCUAGUACAGCCAACUUUAUAUAUUCAAAAACUGUUGUAACAGAAAUAAAGGGAACUGAAGUUCGCAAAUAUCCAUUAAAAGGAGAUAAACAUUGUCUAGCUACAGUAGAAUCAUAUCUAGACAACAAAGGACACUUUAUUAUCCCAUCAGAGGAACUGUUUUCUACACUACCAGACAAUGUUAUCGCCUGUUUAUAUAAAAGAUAUGGGAGUACAUUGCAGACAUACUGUCCACUGCACAGCCGUCACGGAAGUGUUAAGGAUGGAUGGACGUUUUGUCAAAGUGGAUGCUACACGCCCAAUGCAAAUACAAUGAUAUAUGCAAUCAGUCCCGUCAACGAUGAGGUGAAUGAGAAGAGUGUGAGACAGAAGCUUAAUUCUAAUGUGGAACGCUUUAGUAUAAAACAAAACACAGGUUGGACUCUUAGUAAACAAUUAGUAGUUUCAAAAAAAGGCAGUGAACCAACAGGUCAGAACACUGAGAUGGAUUUGACUAAACUUCUCGAUAAAAUCAAAACAAAAACGGGAACAGAAGAUGUACUUAUCAUCGACGCUGGUGCUUUAACAAAGCAAGUCAUGGACACAGUUUUAAAGUCCGCUGUAUUAGAAAAAUUUCAGCAGGUGUUGAUACGGACGAACUAUUUGUCAGGAGGGAGGAUUGACCAUAAAUCAGCCUUACGUCAUUACAGGUCACUCUAUGAAGAAGGAUUUAGAUUAUUUUGGUCAAGAGAAGAAUGGGGAUGUGCCCGUGGACUCCUAACUGGAUGUCUUUAUUUACAUUUUAUGCACAAGGACUGCAGGGAUACAUCGAAAAAGAUGGAUGAUACACAUUUAACAAUUCCAGACGAAUCUACAUUAAAUUCAUAUGAUAAUGCUACAAUUACGGACUUGUAUACAAGAUACUUAACAUCACUCCAAAUCCACUGCACCCAAGUUAUACGGCCUGGAAUAUUAAAAGAUGGUGGAUGGAACGUUUGUCAUGAUGUUAAGUAUAGACCACCAGUAAAUUGUCUUGUAUAUGACUUUGGGAUAGGAAAUGAUUUCGUUUUUGAUGAUGACAUUACGAAAAUAUAUGGUUGUGAAGUUCAUGGUUUCGAUCCAACCAUGAAAAUGAAAUCAAGGAAAAGAACUGAAAAAGCAUGGUUCCAUGAUGUUGGUAUUGGAGAAGUUGAAUAUACAAGACGUAACAAAUUUAAGAUGUCAACAUUUCAAAAUAUUAGUAAAGCUCUUGGUCAUGAAAAUAGUAUACUGCAUAUUAUUAAAAUGGACAUUGAAGGCUCUGAAUGGGUCAGUAUGCCAGUUAUGAUCAAGCAAGGAUAUUUUAAAGAUGUAACAAUGCUUCUUAUUGAAUUUCAUGCGACACCUGAUGUUUCCUAUCUAUUGCAAUUGAAAUCAUUAUAUGAUAUAGGAUUUAGGAUUUAUUGGUACCAUAGAAAUCCAUUUUGGAGAAAUUUAUUUGAACAUAAUCUUACUCAACACUCUAUUUGCUACGAGAUUCAUAUGAUGAAGGUUGAUGCUUAGAAAAGGAACUGACACGGAUGACAAACAUUUGAUUUGACAUAUCAACAACUAUUCCACUACAAAAGGUUUCUUAUUAAAACACAUCGAAACAACACGAAAUGAUGUGUCUUAUUAAAAUGGAUUGACUGGCGUAUAGCUGAAAUAUAUUUAUUGAUUAGAUUCUGUCUCCUGUAAAAUAACAUGUAUAUGGUACUAUAGAGAAAAGACGGAUUAAUUUAUGUGAUGCUCAAAAUUGUUUUAUACAAUUAUUAAAGAGAAGCGAAAGAUACCAAAGGGACAUUCAAACUCAUAAGUCGAAAAUAGACUGACAACGCCAAGGCAAAAAAAUAAAAAUAAAAAACAAAACAAAAGACAAACAACAGUACACAAUAAACAACAUAGAAAACUAUAGACUGAGCAACACGAACCCCACAAAAAACUGGGGGUGAACUCAGGUGCUCCUUUCUUUUUUUUGUUGACAAACCCAACAAGAACCCGGAUGCUAAUCUAAUGCUCCUCAUUCCCUUUUAUGUUAACACUUAGAAUAUCAAGGAGUGCUAGUCUUACAAAUGAUGCAUUCAAUAUAAUCCCCAAACUAGUAGAGCGAUCAAUACAGUGGUUUUGUUAAUAACCAUUUUUUGCAUGUCAGUUUUUAUUUUUCAUUUAUUCUCGAUCAUAUCAACUUAAAAAAAAACUCUUUGGACCAAAACAUUAAGAUUGUUUUUUUCAUAUUUAACUUCAUAGUAUUAAGUUUAGUUUUUGUACCUAAUUGCUUUGUGGAUUUGUUAAUAAGAAUGCUUACAACUUUUAACAAUUUACCUUUGUGUUAAAGUGGUCAAGUUUUAAGUUAUUGCAUUCAUAUAAAUUAUUUACUUGUGAAUUUAAAUAGACAUUAGUCAAAAUUUAAAUAAUAACUUGAAAGAUAUCUUCCCAAAUAGAGGUACAAUAUUCGAGGACGUUGAAGUUGACCAAAUAAAAUUGAGAAUGGAAAUGGGGAAUGUGUCAAAGAGACAACAACCCGACCAUAGAACAGACAACAGCAGAAGGUCACCAACAGGUCUUCAAUGCAGCGAGAAAUUCCCGCACCCGGAGGCGUCCUUCAGCUGGUCCCUAAACAAAUAUAUAUACUAGUUCAGUGAUAAUGAACGCCAUACAAAACCUAGGUUGAAAAUCUGACAUGCAAAGUUGACCUUUCAUUUAAUCCUGUUUUUUUUUCAUCUUAAAAGAGAGGCGAAAAAUACCAAAGGGACAUUCAGCAUACAGAAUACAACAUAGAAAACUAAACAUUGAGCAACACAAACCCACAAAACACCGUCGGGGAUCUCAGGUGCUACGGAAUGGUAAGCAAAUCCUACUCCACAUGUGUUAUACUGCGUGUUGCUCAUGUUAGUACAAGCCCAGUGAUAAGACUAAUUCGGUAUGUCACAUUCGGGGGAAAGGGGGACAGGAUUGUAGCAACAAUCGAAGUCACUGAAAUUGACGAGAACUUCCGACAUGCAAAGUUGAACUUUUAUUUUAUCUUCCUGUUAUUUUUUUCUUCUUAAAAGAGAGGCAAAAAAUACCAAAGGGACAUUCAAUUCGCAAUUCUAAAACUAACUGACAAUACCAUUGCAAAAAGAAAAUGAAAAACGAUGACAAAAUGCAAACAGUUUACAAAACAAAACAUAGAACAGUAAAGAUUAAGCAACACAAACCCCCCCAGGAAGGGUAAGCAGAUCCUUUUCCACAUGUGGUAUACUUCUUGUUGCUCAUGUUAGUAAAAACCCAGUGAUAAUACUAAUUUGGUAGGUCACAUUCGAGGAGAAAAGAGGAUGGGAUUAUGGUUACGACAAUUGAAUUAUAUCCGUCGUCAUCUGUGAAAGAAGUAUUCCAUAAAUGCAUUUGUAUUGACAUUAAAGUGCCUUUUUGGUUUAUCUGUGUCAUUAGGUUACUGUCUAAUUGAUGUAUACUCUUUUCAUUCAAAUUCCAAAAAGAACAAAAGCAAUAGGAAAUGGAUGGCCAAAAUUAUUACUUGUUAUAAAGCCGAAUUAAAAAAUAGCCGAUACUUUAUGUACAUUCAAACAUUAACAAACCUGUAAUUCGGAGAAAAAAUUAGGUUGAGUCACAUUUCUAGUGUAUGACACAUGGCUAAUAUGUAUAACAUUUUCUUCAAUUGGUCAUGUGUGUAACUGUUAAGUUUUAAACAAAAUAUGGACAAUACUUAUUUCAAGACAAAAAUAAGCACCAAAUCUAAUAACAAUAGUGAUUUUUUUUCAAGUACAUAUUUAUCACCCUUCAUACAGGUUUACUUUCUACAGAAUUUACUAUUAUAAUACAUUUAUAGGUUAAUUUUUUGCAUGAAAAAGAGAAAAGGAAGAUGUUAAUUACUUGCUCAAUUAAAUAUAUGAUAAUUUCA